AACACCACCAACUUCUAAAGUAUGCCUACUCCCUAUCCUCCGAGUGAACACAGUCAAUGAAUCAACAGAUGCCCAACAUGGGAAGCCCAAGGGUCCACCCUAACACUCAGCAAUGCAUCCGAUGGGUGCUGACCAUAUGCCCGGACCCGGACAAAUGAUACCACGGGGGCCGCCACCACAACAAAUGGUCCCAAGUCCGCCACAGCAGCAAGCCAUACAGCAAAUGCCCACUAUGCAGGGGCAACAUGGUCCAAGACCAUCUCAACCUCAAGCUAUGAAAACUUCAAUUUCCCCGAGAAUGCUCAGAAACAUUCUGAAAAAGCAGAAAUGAUGAAGAAACCAGCUGAACAGCCACAAACACAACCAACAGGAGGAAAAAUAAGUCAGCUGAAGGAUUUUGCAGAGAAGUUCAAGCUUCCGACUGAUGUAAAGAAGGAAUCGACAAAUCAAUCAUCUGUUGCUACAACACAAUCUUGAACAAAGUCCCACAGCAGCAACAACAACAAACAAAGACCGCCACCCCAAUAUGGGUCAAACCACCUCCUCAAACAAUGAAUCGACCACAACCAUAUCCUAAUCCCGCACACACAGCAGCAAACACCCCUAUCCAUCACCUCAGCAACAGCAUCCUCAGCAAUCUAUGUUGGACCGAAUGGGUCCGCAGGAUCAUGGUGCCGCUAUGCAGCAUGGCAUGCCUCAAAACGCAGGCCCCGUGCCUGGAAACGUGAUGUUGCAACAACCAAAAACAUCAAACGCAUCCAGGUUGUAGUAAAUCAAAUGCAUUCUCAUCCUCAACAAAUGAGUCAUGUACAGAUUCCAGUGGCUGCUCCCAGCAUUCAACAGUUCUCUGCACCAGUGCCUUCACCCAGCAUCCCGCAAUGCAACCGAUGUCUCGUCCGAUGGACAGCUCGAAAAUGAUGCCAAAUAGAAUGAUGCAGCCGGUUGACAAAAACAUUCCACCGGUGCAGCAGAAACCACUGACUUCUGCCAAAGUGGAAGUUUCGAACUUUCAACAUAAUGCUAAUAUUCAUGUUGUUACUGGUCCGCCUGUUUCUCAGGCAAAUCCAUCUGCGGUUAUUACAGUAAGUGCCGCCAAUUCGUCCCCCAUUGUAUCUUCCCAUUAUCAAGAUCCUGCAAUACCUACGACUCAAAUUGCUCAACCACAAAGGCAAUCACCUACAGCAGCCCAAGUGGGUCAACCGUCAUCAAUCGCCAACAAUUAGAACCAAGUACAACCCCUGUACCUAGUUCUCAACAUUCUGCAAACACGUCUAUCACAUCACCCACAGCGGGAAUUAAAGCCCUCAACCCAGAGGCACAAGAAUUCAAACCAAGAACACCUGCGAAACCGUCGCCCAUUGCUACAAGAGCAACAACACCACAAGCACAAAUGCCAAUAUAUGCUUUUGUUCAAGCACCCGUGGCAAGUGGUAUGGGACCACAAACCCCCACCCAAAUUGCAACACCAGUAUACAACGCAGCUCCAAUGCCUCCAAUGCAUGCAGAUAUGCAACAAAUAUAUCACACCCAGUUCCCACAACAAUAUAUACCGGUACAAAUGCCAGGACAACAAUUUGCCUUUGAUCAGAAUGGUCAACCUGUAUAUGCUAGUCCAGCACCGCAGCAGGCAAUGAUGGCUCAAAAUGCUAGAAUGGCUGCUACAAUACCUGGCACACCACAACAACAUAUUCAACAAUAUCAAUCUGAUCAAGGACCGGCACCUGUGUAUGUACCUGUGGCUCCACAAGGAUCAAACUUUAUGCAGCAGAGACCCCAUUCUGCACAUACGCCAACUCAGGUUACACACGUCACAGCUUCAAGUCCUGCAACCCAAUCCACACAGCAAACCCAGCAACCUACAGGUCAUCCGGCUAUGGUUCCCGCACAUGGAGUUCAACAGGGGGGCGGACCAGUAUGGAUGCCAAUUAACGCAAAUUCGAAUAUAAUGAUGGUGCCAAGCGGCCAACCUCAACCAAUGCAAAUGAAUCAACCACCGCAACAUACUCACUACUUGAGUGCUAUGCCAACAGGACAGAUUCCUUCAUCAGUUGCAAUGUCCAAUCCUGUGCAACAGAAAGGACAACAACAACAAAUCCCAGCUGGACACUAUAUGGCUCAAACCCCGCAGAGAUCAUAUGGACAAUAUCAAUCACCUUCUGCAAACAAUCAGUGAACAAGAAUAUUUGAACAUUGAAUAAAUUUUAAGGUCAACCAUAAGUAGCAAAUGGGGAACUUCUUAACGAUAGAUCUAUGUCUAUGUGUGUGUGUGUGUGUGUGUUUAUUUACUUUAAACUUAUUUACUAUUUUUCGUCAUUUUUUUUGUUUAUUAUUGGUGCUGUGAUGGAACAAUUACCUUGAUAUGGUUUUUCUUGAGUGCCCCGCCAUCUCUACAGACUGUCUCUAUGUCGAGUGAGCUGGCUGAACUUUUUUCAUGAUCGUACCACAGGGCUGAUUUUACAAAUUUAAUCGCAACCAGCUGGUUGGCAAUUACCAAAUACUGGUCUAUUUCGAAUACAUUCUAAAUUCCUCCAAUAAAUUUUAUUCACAUUUCUAAAAUUCAAGGACAUAGGAAUUGAGCUUCAAUAAUAUUCUCAUAGUGAAUCAUCUAUAAAUACAAAUGGCAUGUGUGAUAUCACUAAAAUUAGUGCUUUUCUUGCUUCCAGGAAAAAAGAAUUCGCAAACAUUACAGUAUUUAUACUUAUAAAUUGUGACUUAUCUUGGCAACCACAGAGAAAACAUCAACUAAACGCCCAGUGAAAUGUUUGAAAUCCUACAGUAUAAUCAAAAUCCUUAACAACACACACAUAUUUUGACACAGCUAAUUUUUGUUAUAAACUGUUUAUUAUCAUGUGAGUAUCAUUUGGCCCAUCGACAUCGGAGGUUACUUGUUCCUAAGUGAAAUGUAAAAAACUUUUCGUCUCAUUCAUACAUAUUUUUGCAUUUGAGUAAGCAGUAUGAUAAUGGGGCAAGUCUGGAAUUUGUGGUUAUCUUCUGCUGUGUAUGAUCAUUGUUAAGCAUUAUGAGGUUUCUUAUUUCAUAUCUAUUGACAUAAAAAUUAAGGAUGAACAUUUUUAAUUUUAAUAUUUAGCUUCGAAACCAUUGGACAAGGGUAUACUGCUAUCAUUUGUUUUAACCCUUCAUAAAAAUAAGUUUUCUUGCAAGUCUCAUUCAAUCUCUCUAUCAGCUUCGAUCCACUGUAUUACUGAUUCGGUGCCCAAGGUGGUGGUCGUUUUAUGCUAGGUUAAAUGUUUUAAAAUUGUGCUGUUAUUAACAUUGUUUUGUAAAUCAUCUUUGAAUUUUGUGUUAAUUCAUAAGCGGGAUAAAAAUGACAUAUUACUUAAAAAUAUUCAAACUGAAAAAGGAGUAGAUAGAAUAUCACCAUUAAAUCACUGACAAAUAUUUCCCUAAUACAUAAUUACAAAUCAGAAAUACAAUCUUUUUCGCUGUAACUAGCGUUUUAUUUGAAAAAAAAAAUCAAAUU